GAUAUGCUAAUGCCCCAGUCGCGAAGGACUCGAAGUCGUGUGGCAUGAAUAUUUCAUGAGCGCAGGAGUGAUGACAAUAAGCCGGCUCCGGGAAUAAAAGACGCGCACAGUGAAAUCAGGACGAUGACGGAGCUAAGACGGGCUAAUGGCCUGCACAAGCAGCACUCCCUGAGAGAUCGACAGGUGCAUCCCAUGCUGCACGCCUUGGCGGAUCACGGCUGCAACCUGAGCAGCGGUGGCAACAGUGCGGCCAGCACCACCAGCAGCAGUACGGCCACGGCCACCACAGCACUUGGUGGUGCCGGUGGUUUGGGCGGUGUGGCUGGCUUGAACGGUGGUGCUUGCAUAACCAGUCAGCGGAGCGUGGAGUUCGACGAGCACGACAUCUUCUACGUCUCACCAUCCAAGCGAAAAGGAGCCACUUCAGGUUCCUCUGGCAAUGUGGUGACCUUCUCGAACUUCGUGAGCGAACAGCGCCUAACGCCCUCGUCGUCGAACCGCGGAUCCCUGAAGCGGAGCAAGGGCCGCUCCAAUCAGUCCCUGUGCAGCUGCGAUGCCGGCGACGAGGCCCAACUGGAUUUGCAACCGAAUGCGGCCAGGCCGCUGUACGAGUACAGUCUGGAACGGAAGCGUAAGACACACACCUACUCCUGCGAGCAGAAUGCGCAGAUACUUAUGAGACUGGAGCGCGAGCGUAAUCGUAAAUUAUCGCUGACUGGGAUGGAAACGGGAUUGGGAAUCGGGCUGGGACUGGGAAUGGGAAUUGGAUCUGGAGGAGCAGGAACAGGAGCAGGAGGAGGAGGAGAAGGAGCUGGAGACCCCCAGAGCGACACGCCCAGCUUGUCGGAUGUGGAUGUGAUACCGCCUGUGCCACCGCCCCCAUCGAUGAAACGCAAUGGCAGCAUGCGCAGCCUGCGACUGUUGCAACAUUUGCAGCAGCAACAGCAGCAGCAGCAGCAGAGCAGCCACAAUAACAACUUGUCGCAGCUGUGCAGCAGCGAUCUGUUGCAAGAGUGCACUAAGUCCGCACUGGAUGAGUGCACUGCCACAUUGCUCAAGUGCACCACAACCAGCAAUCACAGCAGCAGCAACAGCAAUGCUACCAGCAUUAGUCACAAUAACAACAAUCAGGUGAAGCCGGACCUGUGCCAGCCGCCCGGCCACGCCCACAAUCAUAGGCAUAAGCUGCCCGGCAAUGCCACGCCCACCACCACCACCAACCCGCCACCGCCCCCGCCCCCCUUUGCCGCCCACGAGGAGGACGAGAUAUUCUCGCCGCACUCCAAGAAAUCGGACCCGAGCCUGUGCUUCCUGCCAGGCGGCGGCAACGCAUCCUCGAAAUACAAUACCAUUGGGCCGAGCAGCGAUUAUGCACGGCAUUUGGCGCACUACAGUCGCUACCUGCAGAAGCAGCACCACCAGCAGCAAAUGGCGCACUUCCAGCAGCAGCGCUGUCGCUGCUUCUCGCAGUCCUUGCUGAGUUUUCCGCAGCAGCAGCAACAGCAGCAAAAGCAGCAGCAGCAACAGCAGCAGAUGCAACAUGCAGACGCACAACAGCAUCACGAGGCAGCCGAGCAGCCGGCCAUCUUUCACACCAGCAGCAUGGACUGGUCGCUGCCAAUUAAUAGUCGCAGCUUUGGCAAUUUGGUGAACAUCGACGGCUCGGGCGGCACUGGUGGUUGUCGUGUGCCGUACCAGAAAAUGCAUUCGGGAACCGCAGUUUCAGGUGGUGCAAUGGCAAACGGCUGCCUGGGCCUGGCCGCCUCCUCCACAUUCACGCUCACCUCCUUCGACAGCGACAUCGGACACGGCCUCAAAGAACGCGAGUCGCAGACAUCACUGCACCAUCCGCACACGCUUCCGCAUCCGCACACCCACUCGCAUCCGCAUCAUUAUCACGCCCAUGUGGGUGGUGCAGCGGUGGGCGGCGCGGUCGGCGGAUCGGGUUCGGUGACGCCGCAGAAGCACCACCAGCUCCACUCGAGCGUGACGAGCAUCAUGCCCUGGAAGCACCGCCAGUGUCCCAGCAGGGGAUCCUCCAGCUCCGGCACGAACUCGUUCCGAUUCGAUGCAGCCAAGCACUGGCUGGCAGUGAGCUCCAUCCUCCUGAUAAUUGGCGCUGCCAGUGUGGCCGUGCCACUGGCGCUACGUGUGGCAGCAAGUGCACCCUUUGAGGAGCGGUUGCGAGUGGCAGUUCAGCUCCUGGAUCAAGUGCCUUUAAUCGACGGGCAUAACGACCUACCCUGGAAUAUUCGCAAGUUCCUGCACAACAAACUCAACGACUUCAAUUUUGAUGAGGAUUUGCGCAAUGUAAUGCCCUGGGGUCGCAGCCAUUGGAGUCACACGGACCUCACGCGACUGAAGAAGGGACGCAUAUCAGCACAGUUCUGGGCGGCCUAUGUUCCCUGCGAGGCGCAGCAUCGAGAUGCAGUGCAGCUGACUCUGGAGCAGAUCGAUGUAAUAAAGCGGCUGACGGACCGGUAUUCCCCGCAGCUAACUACUUGCACCUCCGCACAGGACAUUAUCGACGCCCACAAGAACCAGCAAUUGUGCUCCUUGACCGGCGUGGAGGGGGGUCACUCCCUCGGGGGAUCCCUGGCCGUACUGCGCACCCUGUAUGCCAUUGGUGUCCGCUAUAUGACGCUGACCUCCACCUGCCACACCCCCUGGGCGGACUCCAGCUAUGCGGACGCGCCGACCUUCAACAUGAAACAUGGCGGCCUCACCAUUUUCGGCAAGACAAUCAUCCGCGAAAUGAAUCGACUGGGAAUGAUGGUCGACCUGUCCCACGUCUCCAAGGGAACGAUGAGGGACGCUCUGGAGGUGAGCGAGGCACCUGUGAUAUUCUCGCACUCCUCCGCCUACGAGCUCUGCAACACGAGCCGCAAUGUCCAGGACGACAUCCUGCGGGCGCUGGCCAAGAACGGGGGCCUGGUCAUGGUCAACUUCUACUCGAAGUUCCUCUCCUGCAGCGACAACUCGACGGUGCACGAUGCAGUCGCGCAUAUUAAUCACAUUAAGCGAGUCGCAGGCAUCGAUCACGUUGGACUGGGCGCCGGCUACGACGGCAUUAAUUAUACCCCCAAAGGACUGGAGGAUGUGUCUUCAUAUCCGACUCUAUUUGCCGAACUUCUCGGAGGCGGCUGGACAAUUGACGAGCUCACCAAGCUGGCUGGCGGCAACUUCCUCAGAGUUAUGCAGCAGGUGGAGAAGCUGAGGGAUGACAAGAAGGCGGCGGGCGUGAAACCCUUUGAGGAUCAUCCGAACUUCCGCACGGACGACCCCUACAACUGUACGUCCAGCUAA